UUUACUUGACCAGUCAUCCAACGACUGUUUAGGAGUGAAUAUCUUGUCCUCUUAUGCGUAAAAAUAACAGAAAAUGUAUCGUCACCGCUUUAAAAUAGUGUGUUUCUGUGUAUUGAUAAGUACGGUAUUUUCUUAUGAACUACAAAGUAGCGCGCCUGAGCGUAACCAAUACAACCAAGAAACUCCAGAUUCUAGCGGUGCAAAUACUAAUGGAGGGCCAUUUAUCAGUUAUCCUAAUGAGACAUCAAAUUCUCCAAACAAUGCAGCGCGCACGAGUGUAUACUCAAAUUAUGGAACAUGGAAUACAGCAAGCGGUGAUCAACAAACCGGUCAUCAACAAACCCAAACCCAAAUGGACCCCAGCUCUCCUCAGCAGGCAAGGAAUCCUCCAGAUAGACAACGGUAUUCUAGCGCACAAGGUCACGCACCCCUUGUAAGCACAUAUGGUGGUGGUGCUAGAACUACUACAACAUGGAAUACAGCAAGCCAUGGUCAACAAACCGGUCAUCAACAAGCCCAAACCCAUAUGGACCCCAACUCUCCUCAGCAGGCAACAAAUCCUCCAGAUGGACAACAGUAUUCUAGCGCACAAGGUCAUGCACCCCAUGUAAGCACAUAUGGUGGUGGUGCUAGAACUAUUACAACAUGGAAUACAGCAAGCGGUGAUCAACAAACCGGUCAUCAACAAACCCAAACCCAAAUGGACCCCAGCUCUCCUCAGCAGGCAAGGAAUCCUCCAGAUAGACAACGGUAUUCUAGCGCACAAGGUCACGCACCCCUUGUAAGCACAUAUGGUGGUGGUGCUAGAACUACUACCGAUGUUAACAGAAUAAGGAAUACAGCAAGCCGUGGUCAACAAGCCGGUUAUCAACAAGCCCAAACCCAAGUUGACCCCAGCUUUCCUCAGCAGCCAAUAAAUUUUCCAGAUGGACAACAGUAUUCUAACGCACAAGGUCACACACCCCUUGUAGGCACAUAUGGUGGUGCUGCUAAAACUACUACCCGACUCGACUACGUUUGUUCCAUUGAAACUCAGAACUACAAUUGUCAGUUUAAAGAUGUCAUACUAAAGCUACCGCAGCACAGCGUUACCUUUGGUCCGGUACCCAACAGCAAGCAAAAGCUGGCCUUCCAGAACUCCACCUUAGAAUACCUGCCUAAAAGUUUAUUAGAUGCAUUUCCACGUAUGCAGGUGUUGAAUCUCGAAGGUUUACUAAUUAGAGAAAUCGAUUCAAAUACAUUUCAAACCGCCUCUGAACUUUUGGAACUCUACAUGCAAAAUAACCAGCUUAAAGAAAUUAAGUCGAAUACAUUCGAUGGAGCUUGGAAGCUUCAGCUGCUGGAUCUAUCAAACAAUGCUAUCGAAUCGAAUCGAAUUGCGCUAAACUUUCUUUCCGCAGUGCCAAAUCUUCAACAGUUUAAAAUCAACUCAAAUCGAAUCUCACAACUGCCAUUAAGCCAGCAAAAUUAUUACCUACAAUAUAUCACUGCAAGCGAAAAUUCUAUAAGUCACAUAAAAGCAGAUCAAUUUAAAAACAAUCGCCAACUUAGUGAACUGGACUUCUCAUACAACAGGCUUCAGUAUUUUGAUUUACAGCAGCUCGAUGAUAAGCAAAACCUUUUACUAAUCAACGUAAACUACAACAAUCUCACGGCGCUCCACAUUCCACAAUACGUAAAAACGCUUUUUGCGAGAAACAAUACGAUUGAAACUUUAUCAUCUCUUGAGUACUGCGCAGCGGUGGAAAUCGACCUUCAAUCGAACAAUUUGCAAAACAUAGAUGUUCUAUCGAACUGCAAUUUUCUCCAAAAGCUGGACUUGUCAUCUAACCUUCUCCAAAAUUUUAGAUUCAGUCUAGUAGAGAAUAUGUCCGAACUAAAAGUUUUAAACUUAUCACACAAUCAUUUGUUCCAAAUCGACGGAAAUAUAAAAUCGAAUCCCUAUUUUAAUUUACAAACACUGGACUUUUCACAUAAUCAUCUCAGUCACGGUCCUCCAUCGACAGCGUUCCACACCGUUAUUGAGUUAUAUCUCCAAAAUAACGAAUUUAUCGAUUUCGAUUUUAGAUCAUCGGAAAAGCGAAACGUAUACCUUUCCAACAAUGAAUGGAGUUGUAAAAAAAUAGAUUCUAUAAAUAAAACCACGGUAAUUGUCGAUCAGUUUCAUGGUGAAUGUCUCUCAGGUUUCGUUAAAAAGAAAGGUAUCUGUUGUAGAGAGUACAAAAAACCUUACAUUCAACGCCUAAAUGAAGUCCUCACAGAAGCUUUAUUUCAUAAUCAAACCAACCGACAGCGGCUUGCAACAGAAUGUCGCUCAAGGCCGAGUAGCUCUCGGCCCGAAAUUCUUAAUGAGGAUGAACUAACUCGGCUACGAAAUGAAGCAGCUACUGGUGAUGAUGCUAACAAAAAGCUCAUCGAUGAGUUAUGGAAUAUUACUGACUUACACAAAAAGUUUACCAAAGACAUCAAAACAUUAGAGGUUGAACGGACAACAAACGGCGCUUAA